ACCCCAAAAUCCCUAAUCUAAAAAUAAAUUCAACCCCUCUCUCUCUCUUCAAAUCUCCAAAAAAAAAACAAACCUAUUUUCAUUAUCUUCUUCUUCUCCACAAAACUUCAUCUCUUUCAUCUCACAUUUUUGGUUAAAGAUUCCAUUUUUAAACUAAAAAUAAAAAAAAUUCCACAAACCCCAUUUCUUAAAUCCAUUUUUCUUCAUAGAUCUUCACUUUUUUCAUCUCACAUUUGGUUAAAGAUUCAAUCUUUGAACUGAAAAAAGCAUAGCAUUCUUGAUUUUCAGAUGACUUAUAUGUGAGAUGAAGGAGAAAACUCAAACACCCAUUUGUUCUCUGUUUUUUCUUGUGCUCUGUUUUUUGUGUUGUUCAGUCUUUACUGAACACACAAAUGCUGAGUUUACUGUUUCUGAAAAUGGUCCUUUAACUGAUUCUGAAGCUCAGUUCAUCAAACACAGGCAGCUUUUGUAUUACAGAGAUGAGUUUGGUGAUAGAGGUGAAAAUGUGAAAAUUGAUCCAUCUAUGGUGUUUGAGAACGAUAGAAUCAAGAAUGCUUAUAUUGCUUUACAAGCAUGGAAACAAGCUAUCAUUUCAGAUCCCUUUAAUAUCACUAUGAAUUGGGUUGGUCCUAAUGUAUGCAGCUACACCGGAGUCUUCUGUGCUCCGGCGUUGGAUAAUCCGAAAAUCCGUACAGUUGCCGGCAUUGACCUUAACCAUGGCGACAUUGCAGGGUAUCUCCCGGAAGAGCUUGGUCUUCUUACAGAUCUUGGGAUUUUCCAUAUCAAUUCCAAUCGUUUCUGUGGUACAAUACCGAGAAAGUUGAACAAGUUGAAGAUACUGUUCGAGCUGGAUCUGAGUAAUAACAGGUUUGCCGGGAAGUUUCCUUAUGUUGUUUUGAGUUUACCCAAGUUGAUAUUUUUGGAUAUUAGGUUCAAUGAAUUUGAAGGUAAUGUACCUUCGCAGCUUUUUGAUAAGCCACUAGACGCCAUUUUUAUUAAUCAUAAUCGUUUUGCGUUUGAGCUGCCGGAGAAUUUUGGGAAUUCGCCGGUUUCUGUGAUAGUACUUGCGAGUAACAGUUUUCAUGGGUGUCUUCCGGCGAGUAUUGGGAAUAUGAGUAAUCUUAAUGAAGCGAUUUUAAUGAAUAAUGGGUUGCGUUCUUGUUUGCCGGCGGAGAUUGGGUUGUUGAAAAAUUUAACUGUAUUUGAUGUGAGCUUUAAUGAGUUGAUGGGUCCGUUGCCGGAGAAUUUUGGUGGUUUGGUGAAUUUGGAGCAAUUGAAUGUCGCACAUAAUAUGCUUUCUGGUACGAUUCCUAAAAGUAUUUGUCAGCUUCCUAAGCUUGAGAAUUUUACCUAUUCGUAUAAUUUCUUCACCGGUGAACCGCCGGUAUGUUUGGCGUUGCCGGAGUUUCAUGAUCAACGGAAUUGUUUGCCCAACAGACCGGUGCAACGGUCUCCGGGACAGUGUAAGGCGUUUUUGUCUAAAAAAAUUCAUUGUAGUGCUUUUAAGUGUCAUAAAUUUGUUCCUGUUUUGCCACCUCCACCACCACUUUCACCACCGCUGCCUGCCCCUCCUCCGCCGCCUGUUUAUUCGCCUCCGCCACCAGUUUAUAAUCCUCCUUCACCACCUCCACCACCACCACCCUCUCCACCUCCUCCAUCACCUCCACCACCAGUCUAUUCACCACCACCUCCAUCUCCUCCUCCACCACCACCAGUCUAUUCACCACCACCACCACCUCCAUCUCCUCCUCCACCAUCACCUCCACCCCCACCACCACCAUCUCCACCUCCACCAUCACCCCCACCACCAGUUUAUUCACCACCACCUCCCCCUCCACCUCCUCCCCCACCAGUUUAUUCACCACCGCCAUUGCCUUAUUGUGUACGCUCACCUCCACCUCCACCUCCACCACCAAAUUCUCCACCUCCUAAUUCACCACCUCCACCGCUUGCUCACUCGCCUCCACCCCCUUCACCUUACUAUUACAAUUCACCACCACCUCCGCCCCCAAAUUCGCCACCUCCUCCACCAAAUUCGCCUCCUCCACCACCACCAACAUACAUUUACUCAUCACCUCCGCCACCAAAUUCACCACCUCCUCCACCACCACCAUACGUAUACUCUUCACCUCCACCACCUCAUUCCCCUCCACCUCCGUCCCCAUUACCUUGUAUAGAACCCCCUCCACCCCCUCCUCCAUGCAUUGAACCACCCCCACCACCUUCCCCUUCACCAUCUCCUCCACCACCACCAAUGUAUCAUUACAAUUCUCCGCCCCCACCAUCUCCAUCACCUCCUCCCCCACCGGUAUAUCACUACAAUUCUCCACCCCCACCAUCACCAUCACCUCCUCCACCACCAGUAUAUUACUACAAUUCUCCACCCCCACCUCCACCAUCACCACCGCCUACUCCAGUAUACGAAGGGCCAUUGCCACCAGUAAUAGGAGUUCAAUAUGCUUCACCACCUCCACCACCCUUUUAUUAAUUCUUUCAAAAAAUUCCACUAACUUAUCCUCAAAAGCACAAAAUCAUCCCUACAAUUAUUAUUUCCUCUACUCUUCAAGCCAUCAACAAAAUCGAGCUAAUAUAGGAUCACAAACCUUAAAUGGUACGACAGAAAGAACGAUUAGACUGUGGAGAGGAGGUAAAGAGGAGAAAGAUUCAAUCUUUAAAGAUUGUAUUUUUGAAUUGUUAUGAAAUAGAUUGAAGUUGUGGAGAGAAUAAAUUGGCAAAGUAAAGAUUGAAACUUUGCAAGAAAAUGUAUGUAUAGAGAUCAUAAUCUGGGCUUAAAUCCAGUUUACAGUGCUUGCUGCAUCUGGUUUUUUUCUUAUUUUGUGAGUUUUUAUUGUUAGAUUUUAGUUUCAUCAUACUUUGUAUCUUUAUUUUUUUGGGUUUUUUUUCUUCUUCUCAAACUAUAGUAUAAUGAUGAGCAUUUUCUGUUUUACUUGUAUUGAUUCUCAAGAAUUCAGAUUAUUCCUUUGUGUUUUAUGUAUAUUUUCUUGAUCUUGCAAA